AUGAGUAUAGAGCUGAACGAGCAAGUGCUCGCGCUUUCGCUCGGAGGCUCAGGUCUUUGCGUGGUGGUUUGUGCUGCGGUCUGCUGCUGUCGCGACUUCGUCCGUCGAAGCCGCCUGCGGGAGCUUGCAGCAGAGCCUGCUGAGGAAAGGGCCGAGCCCGCAGAUCAAGGCCUCACCCGAGUCCUCAUCACGGGCUAUCAGGCGCCCAUCCGCCGUCUGGACCCCUUUGCUUUCCGGAAGACCAAACCCAAGGGGAACAAUGUGCAGGCCAACUACGACAAGGUAACAUCUUCCGGAGAAGACCAGGUGGAUCGCCUGGUUCGUGCCUACGGCUCGCUGGCCGCUGAAAUUGACCCAGAGGAUCGACUGAGGCUGCUGCAGCCCAGAGAGAGGAAGGACUCGAAGCCUCAGUCCAUAGCGAAGGCUGCCAGAAGCUUGGAAGUGGAGCAUGGAGAAGUUCCUUCCCGCCAGCCGCCGCGGCCGCCGCAGCCGCCGCAGCCGGAGCCCAAGACGACGCCCUCCAGGCCCUCUGCGUGGAGGGUCAGGGCUGAAGGCCAACAAACGGCGUCCAAAGUGUCUCAGGCAGCGUCCCAGGCCCUCCAGCCGCUCCAGCCACUCCAGCCUCAAGCAAGGGAAAUGGAGGCUACUGCCAAGGAGGAUCGGAUUCCAGCCCAAGUCCUGGGCAGGCCGCGGGAGGUCGCAGCGGCCACGAGCCUGGACACAUCUGUCUCGGAAAUCCUUCGGCACAUUGAGCUUCCAGCCCCAGCGCCUCCCACAGCAGCCCCAUCGGUCAAGCCGAGAGCCCCUCAGCCUGAGACCCUGCCGGAAAGCGAUGAAAUCGCCGUGCUGGAAAGCGACGAACCUACAGCUGUGCGCCUGCGGGAGGACAAGUUUGCCGCACUAGAUGCUGAGCUCAACGAACAGCUAAACCAGUCUGUCGGUUUGGCUCUAGAGUCAAGGACACUGCACAAGUCAGUCGCCGGGCUGCCCAGAAGCGGUAGCCUUGGAGCCCCAACAGCUUCGAAAAAGUCGAAGGCCAAAGGCCGCAGCAAAAAAUCAGCGCCAGAAGCGACCCGAAGCUGA